AUGUUGUCAUAUAUCUCUACAACAUGGGAUCAAGUUCAGCAUCUCGAUGUCCCGACCUCAGAGAGAUUGUCACGCUGUGACCGCAUCCUCGGUGCCGCGUGCGUGAAGCGGCGGGCUCUCAAGAAGCUUGAGCCAGCUGAGCGGCUUCCUCCCGCAUAUGUUUUAGAGCUCUGGCUGAUUCUUCUUUUCGCCAGAAUCAUUAUCAUCAUCAACUUUAUAUAUACUAUCGUCACCUUCUCCAUCAAAAAGGCAACCCUCGCCACGUGCAUAUUUCGCCUUUCACUACCAAUCGACCUAUAUACAACAUUUUGCCACAGUCUCUCCCUCUCCUACAUGGGCAUCAAGGAGCAAAGCCCCCGGAAGCCCGUGGAGGAGCUCUAUGUGGCCUUGGAGGACUUUGCACCGGCCCACCCUAGGGACAAGCUCAACGCAGUCGCACUGCUCUUCGCGACUCAACUUUGGUUCGACAUCAUGGAGUAUCCAAAUGAUUUGGAGGAGACAUUCGCAACCUCUCCCCUAUCAGCCUUCUAG